AAUAAAGAUCCCGAUCCACUUCUGUCACAUGAAACCACAUGCUGUUUACGGUACUAGACGUGCAGAAUAUAUAAAUCAGAGCCGUUCUCAUCGACAAACAAGCGCGUUUCUGUAUCUUCUCGACUCCUGAUACGGAUUUAGACGGACUGAAUCAUCCUCCGCGGACUGUUUUGUCUGUCAAGGGAGCUAAAUGUCGAUUGAAAAACAAAGUGUGUCUGAGGAAAACCUUCAGGGUUCCUGGGUGGAGCUGCAUUUUAAUAAUGGAAGUGGCAGCACUCCUAAAGGAGCUUCUGAGGAACAGUCUGCCAGCACCGCCCCAAGCGGAGACCUGGAGAAGAUGCUGAUGGAUGCUCAGCACGAGUCGGGCAGGAGCAGCUCCAGAGGAAGCCUGCCAUGUGACAGUCCUCCAACAUCGCACUUGCGCAGAGGCUCUGAGGUCCACAGCUCUGGAGGAAAGAACAGCUCACAGUCAGAGGAAGACUAUUUGGAGAGGAGAAAAGAGGUGGAGAUCCUGAUGAAGAAAAAUGCAGACUGGAUCUGGGACUGGUCGAGUCGACCGGAAAACCUGCCGCCCAAGGAGUUUGUGCUGAGACACCCGAAGCGUUCCAGCACCCUCAGCAUGAGGAACACCAGUGUGAUGAAGAAGGGAGGAAUCUUCUCCGCAGAAUUCCUCAAGGUUUUCCUGCCCUCUCUUGUUCUUUCGCACAUCCUUGCUGUGGGUCUCGGGGUGUACAUCGGAAGGCGCAUUACUACUUCUGGCACCUUCUGAGGGAGCAGGAGAGACAAGAAACAAGACAAAUCUCACAUAUGCACAUCCACCAUUUUCAGCUGCUUUGUCGUGAAUCAGCGCUUGUGUAGACGCAGAUAGGACGAGGUCACGUUUGACGUUUCAUUUCACUGCCUCGCUUCCCCCUUGUGUAUUCCACUGGCCUUUCCCAUAAUGCCUGUCCAUUCCAGGGCUAUCGGCACGGGGAAGGCCAUGCUAGACUUAUAUGGGCCCGUCAGAUAGACUAAGAUGUCAUGCAUCCUCUUCAUUUUGUAUUUACUCAUACCAAGACUACUGAGAAUAUAAUGAGAGGAGCAUGAAAUAAGGGAUGAGAGAGGGGAAAUUAAAGUGCGGGAUCUCCAGUGUAACUGCAGACUGUGAAUUGGGAAGAGAUUUAACCAUAUCAAAACAGGGAUUGUAUGUAUAUCUUACGGUAUAUCUCAACAUUUGAUGAUAUAACAAUAUAGGACUUGUUUUACCUUGUCACCAUUUCUAUGUAUCUUGAGGUAGUUUCUGCAUUUAUGACGUUUCAGACACCAAAAACAGACUUUUGCUUUGGGAAUCAAGCUGUUCACAGUAUUAUACAAUUUAAGCAAUGGUCUUUACAGCCAAAACGUGGAGUACCAUAUCAACACUUUUCUGAAUGUUACUGAAAUCUCUAAUGGCCAAUAUAAGCUGAGAAAUUGUUGAAUCAAGUUCCUCACCUGAACUGAGAUCACAGAUGUUCUUUGUUUUUCUGAAGGGUCCGGGUUUCAGCCCAGAGAUUGCCUUAAAGAAAACUGUUAAUGAAUCAGGCAAGGAGUUCAAGGGAAAUUGUGUAAAUCUGUGCAUGUUUUGUAGUGUUUAAGAAAUGUAUUCGGUGUGUGUGUAAAUUUCACAGUGGUUUUGUAUCAAUAAAUAAAUGUCUGCCAACUGUAA